GGCUGGGCGGGGGAGGGGGGAGAAACGGGAGAAGAGGGGAGUCCGGGGCGGGGCCGGGGGCGGGGCCUGGGCGGGGCCCGGUCAAUAUUAGGCGUUGGGACUGCCUCCGCCUGCAGCCAGCUCAACGGACCACACUUGCUUCCUACCUGCCGCUAUCUGCUGCGAUGCCCCCCUACACCAUCGUCUACUUCCCGGUUCGAGGGCGAUGCGAGUACAUCCGGAUGCUGCUGGCUGACCAGGGCCAGACCUGGAAGGAGGAUGUGGUGACCCGAGACAGGUGGAUGCAGGGAGACCUGAAGGCCAGCUGUCUCUUUGGGCAGCUCCCCAAGUUCACAGAUGGAGACGUCACCUUGUACCAGAGCAAUGCCAUCCUGAGACACCUGGCACGCAAGCAUGGGCUCUACGGAAAGAACGAGAUGGAGGCGACGCUCUUGGAUAUGGCCAACGACGGGGUCGAAGACCUGCGGCUCAAAUACGUGAAGCUCAUCUACCAGAAUUACGAGGAGGGCAAGGAGCAGUACAUCAAGGAGCUCCCCACCCAGCUGAAGCCCUUUGAGACCCUCCUGAGCCAGAACCAGGGAGGCAAGGCCUUCAUCGUGGGGGACCAGAUCUCGUUUGUGGAUUACAACCUGCUGGACCUGCUGCUCAUUCACCAGGUCCUGGCCCCCGGCUGCCUGGACGCCUUCCCCUUAUUGUCUGCCUAUGUGGCUCGGCUGACCGCCCGCCCCAAGCUCAAGGCCUUCCUGGCCUCCCCCCAGCACACGGAUCUCCCCAUCAAUGGCAACGGUAAACAGUGAGGCCUUGGCUUGACCUUUAUCUUACAAUAAAAGCUUUCACACAAA